AUGCGACGUCCAGUAAGUGAUAUAAGACAACGAGAAUAUGUUAGACAUUCAUUACAUGAGAAUAUUACGUGUAGACGACGUAAUUCUAGUUUACCAUUACAUACUGUACAUGCUCUUAGUAUGAAUCAAAAUACAUUGGAUAAUGAUACAGACUUUUUAUGUGAUCGUAUUAUAGAAUUUAUGGAAUCAGGUGAUAUAUAUAGUAUAGUUUCAGUUGAAUUAGCUGAACAAAGUAUCUACUUUGAACGUUUAUUACAUUAUCAUAAAGAAUAUAUCCAUAAAGGUGUAACAGAGAUUAAUAAUGAUAAUGUUUAUCAUAUAUUUAUUGCUGCAGAUUUUUUUCUAAUUACAAAAUUGAAAGAACAAUGUACUAAUGUAUUGAAAGAGAUUAUUAAUAAUUCUACAAUAGCUAUUUCAUUAUGGUUAACAUGUCAUUCAUUAUAUUGGCCUGAAAUUAAUAAAAUGGUAUAUGAAAAGAUAUUAGAUAAUUUUGAAGUUAUAUGGAGAUCAAAAGAUUUUCAAUAUUUACAUCCAUAUGAUGUUUAUCAAAUUCUUAAUGAAGAUGAAUUAAAUUGUAAAGAAGAGAAAAAUAUUUUUAAUGCUAUAGUGAAAUGGAUUAAUGAAAAUAUUAAUACACGUAUACAAUAUACACUGGAAUUAUUAUUAUGUAUACGAAUUGGAAUGUUAUCACCAUUAGAAUUUGAUUAUAUAAGAAAUCAUGAAUUGAUAAGUAUCAUACCUGAAUAUUUAGAUAUAUUAAAUCAAUGGCCAAAUUGUUUAACAAUGACUAAUAAUCCAAUUAUUAGUGUAUAUGGAAAAUAUUUUAUUACACCAAGAUUACCUAAUGAAGUGGUAAUGGUAUUCGGAGGAUGGUGUGAUGGUGAAGGUCCUACAGCAGCUGUACAAGUUUACAAUCCAAGAGCAAACAUAUGGACAUUAUGGACAGAAACUGGUCAUCAGUCUCAACUACCAGCUAAUGAAUGGCUUAGUCGACUACUUCAAGACUCUUCUGAUUUGACAAUAGUUAAUGAAUCACAAACAAACAGCUUACAGAAUGCUGUAGACACUGUUAACAUAAUUAAUAAUUUACGUAGUUCUCUGCCACCAGAUGGAGUUAAUUUGAAACAAAACAAAAGUGAACUGUUCACGGAUAAUAUUGGAGUGACAGAGAAUUCUGGUUGUUUAAUUGGUGAAAUUCCUAGACGUGUUUAUGCUGGUUGUGUACUGGUUGACAAACGUGUUUAUCUAGUUGGAGGAUUUGAUGGAAGCAAUGCCUUGAAGUCUACUUUGUGCUAUGAUUUUGAGAUAGAUUCUGGUUGGUAUGAAAUUAGUUGUAUGUAUGAGAAACGUUAUUAUGUCAGUGUUGUAUACUCAAAUAAUCAUAUUUAUGCACUUGGAGGUCAUAAUGGUGAGAAUCAAGGUCGUUUAGACUCUGCUGAACGAUAUAUAUUAAAUGAAAAUUUAUGGCAAUCUAUUACAUCAAUGAAUCGUGUACGUAGUGAUGCAGCAGCAGCUGAAUUAAAUGGUAAAGUAUAUGUGGCUGGUGGUUUUGAAGGUCGACAUUAUCAUGAUUCAGUUGAAUAUUAUGAACCUGUAACAAAUCAAUGGACAUUAAUAAAUAGAAUGAAUUCACCAAGAGGUGGUAUAUCAUUAAUUCAACACAAUGGUUAUCUAUAUGCUAUCGGUGGAAAUGAUGGAAAUAAUCGAUUAAAAAGUAUUGAACAAUAUAAUCCAAAUGAUAAUAAAUGGGAAAUAGUUGGACAAAUGAAUCGAUGUAAAAGUAAUCUAUCUUCAACUGUAGUCAAUGAUGAAAUUUAUAUAUUUGGUGGAUGGUCUGAUGAACCAGAAGCUGGUAUUUUAGACCUAGUUGAAUGUUAUAAUACAGUUAGCCGAAAAUGUCAUAUAGUUAGAUCAUUGAUAUUUCCAGCCAGUGCUACAUGUGCAUGUACAUUGAAAGAUCGUGAUUUAGUGAAAAAGUAUAUACCUAUCCAAACAUCUUCUUAUUCAAAACCUCCGUUUGGCACAUUCCUUCUACACAAUACAGGACAACUUUUAUCUCCUGAUCAAAAUAUAUCUACAGGGAAUUUUUUCAGCAGUCAGCAGAACAUGAAUAAUAAUCUACAGGUUAAUGGUAAUAAAACAUUUACAGGGAUCAAAAUACAAUCAAUUCAAUUAUAUUCAGAUCAUCAGAAUGAGAGAAUGAAAUUGUUAGAUGAAACAAUAUCUGAGUAUACGACAGCAAGUGUUGAUCAUGAUGAUGAUGACAAUGGAAUAACUGGAGAAAAUCAUCAAAAUCAACUACACCUCUCGGCAACUAGUUCAAUGAUUAUCCCUCACAGAGAUAUCAACAUUAAUAGUAGUAGUAAUAAUAAUAGUAAUAGUAUAAAUCAUAGAAACAUACAUGAAAAUUAUAUUUUACUUCAAGGAAAUAAAGGCUUGAAUAUUGCUAAAUCAAUAAUUGAUUUUUAUCUAUAA